AUGUCAACUCAACCAUUGUUCCAAUUGAGAAAAGAAUUGAGUACAUCUGUUUCACAAGAUGAAUCUGAUGUCACUCAAUCUUUCGUGGAGGAGCUUAAAUCACACAGUAACGUCGAGUCUUCGGUGGGAGACAAAUUUACAAAUGAAGUUAUUGUUACAGAAAAUGAAAAGUAUACUGUUAGCAAAUUACCAGCAAGUUUGGGAUUCCUACCUUCAACACUUGAUAUUGAAGGGCUUGUAGACACAUAUUCAGGCAAUGCCUCGGUAAAUGACCGCGAUAACCUAUACAUUUGGCCAUAUAACUCAACUCAGAAGCAACCGUCUUUUAUACGAGUACCACUACAUGAAGAGUGUACUUCAUUAAGUUGCAUUCCAUCCGUUAUAUUUACUUGGCCUGCAGCCAUUGACGACGAAAGUACGACGAAAUCAGCCGGUGUUUGCAUUGUAAAUAAAAAGUCUGGACUUGUCCAAUUUUAUGAAGACAUUGACACCAUUACCAAUAUCUCAUCCCUGCUUUCUAAAGACAAAGUCUACGAGCUUGAUUUAAGGUUGAAGGAUAAAGAAGUUAUUACAAACGUUUUAAACUGUGAACCUGCUGGAGUUGUCAUCUCUACCUCAAAUGGCCGACUUUUAUUCAUCACCAUCCGUGAUUUCAUGGGAAAGCCGUCGGUAAAUUUGAGAAGUCAACUGGUUAAGUCGCAAGUGGGGUUUUUUCGCUCAUCUAACAGAUUCAAAGAGUUUGUCUCCUUGCAGACUGGAGCCAUAUUAGGCAAAGGGGAAAGGAUUGUUUCUACUGUCACUCGUGGGGGCGAGUUUCAAGUUUGGAAUCUAUCUGCAGUUGCAAACUCCUAUAAGAGGAUUGAGGUAAAUUUAUAUGAUCAAAUCUUGGACUCGCUUCAGGAUCUUUAUCCUUUUGCGAACGGAUCGUUACAGGUUCUCAAUUCUCAUCCUCUUCCUAAUGAUCAGGCGCACUUGAUCCUAUCAUCUAUUGUUGAUCAUGACGGUACGUUUUAUUAUAUUUUGUCAACAAUUAAAUUAGACGAGAAGACGAACAGCUUCGUGAUUUUCUCGACCUACAGAUUAAACACGUACACGGCGCCAUUAACAGGUUCACACUAUCCGAAAAUUCUUGUUCCUUCAUUUUUGAAAACAGAAGUGGAUGGCGAAAUUGAUCAAAACAUAACGUCUGUCUUUGUCAUAUUUCCAGAUGCAGUUGUUCUCACUCAAACGAGCUCUCAACUUGAUCAGUCCUAUCCGUUAAGGAGGAAAUGGGAAGAUAUCAUCAGUUUCCGCGGCGAUGUCCAUCUGGUUGGUCAUGGUUACGAUGCAGACUCUAUUUUUCUGAUUAACAAGGAAAUGGGCGUUUUGAAGAUAACCGCUAACGCAGCUAUGCAUGACGGAGAACUAGGAGAUGUAAGGUUCAUUAAAUCUCAUAUUGAUCAGGCAAUUUAUUUCUCUAAUACUUCUUCAAAUUUAAUUGAAUUCAACCUUCCAGAAAAUAUCUCGUUAGAGCGUAAUGAAAUUGAAUCGGAUUUAUUGGACUCCAGUCGAGAGGUUUUACUUUCGACAUCGAGCUACAUCCCACCAAAGUUGAGUACAUUGGAUAAUCAUGUUAAGAUGAGAGUUGACCUUUUCAAACAUCUUCUAGCCUUCACCAAAGCAAACUUCUUGCACAGGAUUUCACCACAAGUCAAAUUGGAUCUGAUUGAAUCAUAUGAAGUUUUGAAUUGUGCUCAAUAUUUCUUGUCUUUCAUUGAAAACAAUAGCGAAAUAGCUGCAAAAUGGAAUGAAUUGGUAUCAGCAAGCGGGUUGAGCAAUGACUCACUUUUUCAUCAUGAAGUCAACCGUUUCCCACAGAUGCUGUCGCAGCUUUUCGAACACUUGAAUGACUUACUUGCGACAACUUCAGAUCUGAGCAUCCGAAUCUCUUACAUCGAUUUGAUUAUUUCAUGCAUAUACAAGGCAACCUUAGAAGAUGGCGAGCAGACUUUCAGAUUUGAGCAAUUUCAGAUGGCAACUUCGGAAUUGAAUGAUAACUUACCUUGGUUUGCCCAACACAAUUUUCCCAAAAUUAUUAACGAAGCUUUUUUCAUAUUGAAAGAAUCAGCAGAAGGAGCAAACAAUUUGGCUCACUAUGCAGAUAAGCUACUGAUUUUAGUGAGAGUACUCUAUUAUGUUUUCAAGCAAUUAUUUUUAUGGUAUAGCGACAAAUCCUCUAGGCAGGCCAGUGCCGAAUACCAACAGUUGCAUCAUUUGUUCGAAAGCAGCAGUCUUCAAUGGAACAGAACUUUAUGUGAGGUGAAUUAUCCAGACGAAUCCUUGAGGAUUACCGAAUUUUAUGAGGACUUGGCGUCUCUUGUUGAAACGCUGGAUGCGGUAAAUGAAGACUUGUCGGCAGAAGUGUACGAGCAGUACUUUAAAAAAUUUGGCUAUUCUUUUGCUGAAAAGCUCUUCGCAUUUUACAUCUCUACCGAUAAAUUACAGAACUUAUACUUUAAGUUUCCCGAUCAACACGAAUAUUUGAAUAAGUUUUUUGAGGAAAACCCUCAGUAUGGAAAUGUCGAAUGGAUUGGCGAUAUAUUUGAAGAAAAAUAUGGAAAAGCUCUUAGAGUAUUAACCAGAAUCUCCUGUACGAAAGAUGCGACCACUGAGGUACCACUUGUCACACGCCAGUUUCGUUUAAGCGUCGCGAAAUUAUGUGGUUUGGCCGAUGGGGGAAAUACUCACAUCGAUGAAAUUUACUUGAUUCAGGCUAGUUUGGAUGCUAUUGAUGGACAGAAAGACAUAGUUAGUAGAUUGAAUCGUGGUACUAACUUACACAAAAGAUUUGAGACCUCGGUGGUCAUUAAAGACUUUUUCCAUAUAUUAUGCCAGAGUGCCAAGUCUCAAAAUGGUUUAUCACUUUCAAAUACAAUCGAUUUUUACACGAUUCUGGACAGUAAACAUUCUUUCUUCUGUGCUCUCAAAUUGCUUUCUUUGAAUAUGAAUUACUUGUCAUUCGAAGUUACAAAUUUCCUUAACGUUAUCAUUUGGAGAAGAUGUAUCUUAUUCGAUAACUGGCAAACCGUGGGCGAUGCAGCUCAGACUGCUUUAUCUGAUACCUUAGAAGGAUACUUUAGUGAAGAGCUCUAUAAUUCAGGUUGCAGUCUUCCAAGAUGGUCUCAACUGAUAGAUUCAUCCCUCGUCACCGCUGAAUACUUUCAAGGAGAAUAUGGUGAUUUUGUGACAGACGCAAGUGGGCUCUUCGAUUUUUCAUUAAAGGAAAUUGAAUGCAUCAGAGCGUUAGGAGACGAUUUUUCUGUAAAGAUAAAGGCCAUGAUUGGCGCCGCGAAUGAAAAAACGGGUAAGAAAUGUACUGUCAACUACGAAACUAAUACCAUAGAAAAGUUAUCUACAUGA